AUGUCAACUGUCUCUAAAUGUAAAUGUAACCGUAACCUAAAGUUUGUUUGCAUUUUGCAUAGUUAAAAGUUAAAAUAAAAUACAAACAUGGAAAGGAAUAGAAGUAAUUUUAGACCUCCUAAUUCAGACAUGUUUCCACAAAGGUUUAGAAAUGAUUCAAGGAACCAUUGGCAACCUCAGUUUAAUUCAAAUAAUCCCUGUAAUUUUAAUCCUUGGGUAUCCAAUUCUCUACAAAACUCUGCCCAUAGACCAUACAAUGCAGGACCAGGAUUCAAUACUGUGCGACAGAGAGGUUCUUCAUGGACGAAUAAUGGACAUAACGGCCAAUGGAAUCAAAACCGUAAUAUGCGGGGGCAAAACUGGCCCAAUAAUACUGAAGAUAAUAAUGGGGGUUAUUGGAAGCAAAUUUCAGGUAAUCAAAAUGAACAGAGAUCUAGUUUUCAACGAGGAAAUUUUACUAGGGAACGAAGGACACCAUAUGAUAGACCCAGAGAAUUUUUUAACAACCGAAAUGACAGAUUUAAUGCUCAGGAUAGGUGGGAGGGACCUAGCAAUACAGAAGUUAAUGACUCAUCAUACGACACUGUCCCAGAACCUCUGAGUCCACUAGAAGCAAAAAUUGAAAAACUGAUAUCAGAAGUUCAAGGCCAGCCUGACAAAAUAGGAGAAUUAAUAUUGCUACAAAAUAAUAACGAAAUUCCUCCAGUAUUGAUAAACAACGCCGUACAUCAAGUUAAAAAUUGUGUAAUGAAUAUUGACAGAGAUGAAGAAACAGGUUUUUCUAAAUUGAGAAUAAACAAUACAGUUAUUUGCGAGGGCAUGUAUUCUUCAAAGAAAGAUGCCAAGGAAGCACUGUACGAAAUGGCUCUAGAUAUUUUGAAAAUGAAAUGCUUCUUUAUUUCUUCAAAAUCACACUACGAAGAAGUUUCAAUGGAUGAUAUAAAUAAUAAAAAGACAGAGAUUCCAGAAAAUAACCCAGUCGACAGCAAUAGUGUUGCUUUAAAAAUGAUGUUAAAAAUGGGAUGGGGUGGAAAAGGACUUGGUAACAAAGAACAAGGUGAACAAAAAAGUGUUGCAGACAAAAUCGUUGAGAAUAUUUCUAGAGAAGGUUUAGGAGGUGGAGGUAAAAAUGUAAUGCAAGAAAUCGACAAAAUUCUUGCUGAUUAUGCUAAGUCGACGAAAACCAUCACGCUGGCAUUUGAUUCUGGUUUCACAAAAGAGGAAAGGGCUCGUAUUCAUUCUAUAGCAGCUAAGUAUCAUUUAAAAUCUAAGAGUGAGGGAGGUUUUAAUUCUAGAAGAAUAACCAUUAGCAAAAAAUGUAGUAAAUGGGUAUUAAUUCGAGAAUUAUUAAGAGCAGGUCUUGAAAAUGAGUCCUAUGUUUUGUCUAUACCAGACGAGUUUCAGCACUUAUGGAUAAGUGAUGAAAAAUAGUUUAUUAAUGAUUAAUGAGGCAUUCUUGUGAGUUUGCAUGUGGUAAUAUUAAAAAGAAAAUUAAUGUAAAGAUACAAUCCCUGUGAUGUAUCAACAAAAUUAAAUAUAACGUAAAGUUAUCCUGUAGUUGUUAUAAUCGUCGAAUUGGUGUGAUGUAUCAUAUUAUUUAGCUUAACUACUAGCGUUACUUCUUGACAGUUCUUGAGUUAUCUGAUGUAUCAAGUGUCACUUUAUAACGCGACGUUAUAUGUGAAGUUAUAAGAUAACUUUGUAGUUAUGUAGUAAGGAUUUUUGUAAGGUUAGGUUCAUCUUUUGGCUUGUUUUUAGAAUUGAAAUGAAUGUUCAAUGAAGAACGCUGCGAGAUUCAACAAAUCCGUAUGAAUUGACAGUUUGAAUUCCAACGAUGCUUCAGAUUGUCCCGGGACCUUGCGCGGCAUUUGAUUAAUUUAAUCAAUAAAACACGUAAUUACUAAUAAAAUUAAAAUAAUUCAAGAUAAAAAAAAUAGAACGGUAAAACACACUUUUAAAAAUAGAAACAUUAUACAAAAGACAAAUCGAGAGAUACAAUAAUAAAUAUGUUUUUAAAUUUAUAAACAUACAGGAGUUUUACUGUUCUUUCUAUCUACUUUUAUGAUAUACCACCAAGCAGGUGUUUAGUGGGUAUACAUUUUCAUUAUUCUCUUUCUAGCUCCAACUUGUACUGUUUCUACAUAAGGUUUUCUUUGUUAGAAGACCAACUUUGUUGAAGAAAAAACAAUACAUACUUCAUUUUUAACUCCUGGGAAAUAAUAACUCGUUACAUCUCGUAACGAUGAGUGAUACAUCACACGGAAUUUACGUUAAGAGUUAUCGAGACAGUUAUCUGUCAUAGUUAAAUUAACAACAAAACUUUAAAAAUAAUUUUGGUGAUACAUCACAGGAUUGAUUAAGUUAAGGGUAUUCUAUAUUUAAUUAAUUUCUGACUAUUAAUAUUAGUUUAUGUAUACUUUAAAUUUUGUACAUACACAAUACAUACUGUAAACAGAUUAAAGUUAUUUAACUUUGCCUGGGAAAGUUGCAUUUUUACUAUAUUUAACUUUGUAAAACUGUAAGAAUCUUUUUACAAAUAAACUUUGUGUGCUUCUGUA